UUAUUCUUCAAGUCUUCUCAUCAAAUUCUCUCGGUCUUCUCCUUCCUAAUUUCUCUUUGCGUUCCACACGAUGGAGAACUCAAACAAUGCGAUGAAGUCAAACGAAGGUCUCAAUCUUCCCAAAAUCCUAGACCCUUCUUCCACCGAUGAUACUUCACGAUCAUCCGUUGACUCGAUCAUACCCGAUCCCUCAGCUCCUCCUCCUCCCAUCCCUUCCUCCAAGAAUGAAUGCGCGAUUUGCUUGGAUGAGAUUAAGAAGGGAGAUGGAAAGGCGAUAUUUACAGCAGAGUGCUCUCACUCGUUCCAUUUCGAUUGUAUCACCGCCAACGUGACACAAGGAAACAGAAUCUGCCCUCUCUGCAGAACUCAAUGGACACAAGUCCCUUCUUCGUUUCUUGAUAAUAGCCGUCCCCCCUCCCGUUUCCACAUCCCUGUCCCCGUCCCUGUUCCCGCUCAAAUGGGUUUCGAAGACGACGAGCUUUUACCUCAAGGAGAGGCCCAAAUCCAGAGUGAUAACAACCAGCAGGAUGCUCCUCCUCUAGAGGUUAAACUUCUUCCACAAGUCUCAGCUGUGGCGAAACAGGUCGCUCUGGAUGAUUUCGCUGUUCUGGUUCAUCUCAAGGCGGGUGUCGUCAUGAGCGAUGUUGAUGAGACGCCUUCUCGUGCUCCUCUGGAUCUCGUCGCGGUCCUCGACGUGAGCAGCAGCAUGGACGGACCCAAAAUGGAGCUCUUGAAAAACGCAGUGUGUUUUGUGAUUCAGAAUCUCGGCGAAACGGACAGGCUCUCUGUCGUUUCCUUCUCCUCCACGGCUCGAAGGCUGUUCCCUCUUAGGCUGAUGUCUGAGGCCGGGAAGCAAGCGGCGAUCCAGGCUGUUAACUCCUUGGUCGCUAACGGCUGCACUAAUAUCGCGGAGGGGCUAGAGAUCGGCGCCAGGGUGAUUGCGGACAGGCGUUGGAGAAACCCUGUUCCGGUGAUGAUGCUUUUGUCCGAUGGGCAGGACAACUUUACUUUUUCUCAGUUUGGUGGUGGGGUCCGUCACGAGACAACAGAUUACGAGUCUCUGCUUCCGAGUUCCACCACUAGCGGCGGGGUUCCGAUACAUACCUUCGGGUUUGGCUCUGAUCACGACGCCGAGCUGAUGCACGCGAUUUCGCGAGUCUCUAGCGGCACGUUCUCGUUUAUUGAGACGGAGUCUGUGAUUCGCGAUGCGUUUGCUCAGUGCAUCGGAGGGCUUCUCAGCGUUGUUGUUCUUGAACAAGUUGUUGAGAUCGAAUGCGUUCAUGAGGAGGGACUGAAAAUAUCUUCUGUUAAAUCAGGAAGCUACAGGAACAGUGUAUCUUCUGAUGGAAGAAGCGCCACGAUCAAUGUUGGUGACAUGUACGCAGAAGAAGAGAGGGACUUCCUCGUGGUUCUUGAGAUUCCGUGUUCCCAAAGUGAAUCCAUGUCGCUGCUCAAGGUGCGAUGCGUCUACAAGGAUCCCGUUACGAGAGAGACGGUCCGUGUGGAGUCAGGUGAACUAACUAUUCAAAGGCCGAACGAGCUAACGGGAGAAGAAGUGGUUUCUAUAGAAGUUGAUAGACAACGAAACAGGUUCCUUGUUUCGCAAGCUAUCUCGGAGGCUAAGGUUUUAGCGGAUGGAGGUGAUCUGAGCGGGGCAGUGGAGCUUCUUAGGAAGAGUGGAAGGGACUUGGCAGAGACACUGUCAUCUAGAGUUUGUGAGUCUUUAACGUUGGAGCUGAGAGCGUUGCAAGAGAAGAUGACGAGCGAGAGGAUGUACGAGACGUCAGGUAGAGCAUACGCAUUGUCAACCAUGAGCUCUCAUUCGGCUCAAAGAGCAACGGCUCGUUACUCUCCAACAUGCCCUGCAGUAUUCUCGCCAGGACCAGCAGGAUAUAGCAUGCCGUUGCCACAGGAUUACCAGACGUCAGCGAUGGCUCGUAUGGUGACUCGGUCUCAGCAACUGGGGAUCCAAAGCCCAACACCGUCUCCUCAUGCUCCUAGAGACCAAACCUGA